GAAGAAAAAAAAAAAAAAAAACACCCAAACAUUUACAGACUGUAAAAAGUGAAAGUGCAAUCUUUUAGUGGUACUUUGUAAACGGACAAGUACAGUGACUUAAGGAUUUAAUUAUUAUUUUUAAUCAUAAAGACACAAUCGUGGAGAAGGGAUUACAUAUAGUUAGCGGACAGCAGCAACCCUCUGGUUCCUGAAGAAUGUCUGCCACCAGUGUCGAUCAGAGACCUAAAGGCCAGGGAAAUAAAGUACCAAACGGUUCAAUGCAUCAAAAGGAUGCAGUAAAUGACGACGAGUUUGAGCCAUACAUAAGCAGCCAGACAAAUCAGAGUAACAGCUACACGCCAAUGUCAGACCCAUACAUGUCUGGUUAUUACCAUCCAUCCAUUGGUUUCCCAUACUCUCUUAGUGAAGCAGCGUGGUCUACUGCAGGAGAUCCCCCGAUGCCGUACUUGCAGACAUACGGGCAUUUGAGUAAUGGUGAACACCACUUCAUAGCAGAUGGUGUUUUUAGUCAACCUGGGGCCUUAGGAACUCCUCCAUCUUUUCUGGGUCAGCAUGGAUUUAAUUUUUUUGCUGGGAAUGCGGAUUUUUCUACAUGGGGGACAAGUGGUUCUCAGGGACAAACAACUCAAAGCUCUGCUUAUAGUAGUAGUUACGGUUACCCACCUAGCUCUCUUGGCAGGGCUAUAACUGAUGGACAGGCAGGCUUUGGCACUGAUACUCUGAGUAAAGUACCUGGCUUAAAUAGCAUUGAGCAAGGCAUGACAGGACUGAAAAUUGGUGGAGAUAUGUCAGCUGCUGUAACUAAAACUGUUGGCUCUGCUCUAAACAGUGCAGGCAUGACUAGUAUUGCAGCUAAUAGUAUGCCUCCUGUAAGUACUUCUGUACCAAAAGCAACCUCUUGGGCUGCUAUUGCGCGGAAGCCAGCUAAGCCUCAGCCUAAGAUUAAGCCCAAGGCUAACAUGGGGAUUGGUGGUGUUUCUGUACCACCACCACCUAUAAAACACAACAUGGACAUUGGAACUUGGGACGAUAAGGGGCCAGUGGCCAAAGCUCCUCCAGCUCAUCCAGUUAUGCCUCCUCAACCUAUUGUCCAGCAGCAGCAACAGCAGCACCUACUAGUUCAGCCAGCUGCUUUAGUUCAAGCCCAGUUACCUACUCAACAGCAACAGCAGCCACCUCAGCUGCAGUCAGGAACUCAGCAGGUCCAGCCUCAGCAAGGACAGCAGCCUCAACUUCAAAAUCGCUGGGUGGCUCCACGUAACAGAGGAGCAAGCUUCAACCAGAACAGUGGAACUGGCAACGAGAGCUUUGGUUUAGGUGUUGCACCUUUAGUUCCUUUACCUUCUACAGGAGAGGUACAUCCUGAGUUGGAAAAACUAAAGGCCAUAAAUAACUAUAACCCCAAAGACUUUGACUGGAACUUGAAAAAUGGACGGGUGUUUAUAAUCAAAAGCUAUUCUGAGGACGAUAUACACCGCUCCAUCAAGUACUCUAUCUGGUGUAGUACAGAGCAUGGCAACAAACGUCUGGAUGCUGCAUUUCGUUCUCUGAAUGGCAAAGGCCCACUUUAUUUACUGUUCAGUGUGAAUGGAAGUGGACAUUUUUGUGGUGUGGCUGAGAUGAAGUCUGUGGUGGACUACAAUGCCUAUGCUGGAGUCUGGUCACAGGACAAAUGGAAGGGUAAAUUUGGAGUCAAAUGGAUCUUUGUUAAAGACGUUCCUAAUAACCAGCUGCGGCAUAUUCGCUUGGAGAACAAUGACAACAAACCAGUUACUAACUCAAGGGACACUCAAGAAGUGCCCCUUGAAAAAGCCAAGCAAGUGCUUAAAAUUAUUGCUACUAUCAAGCAUACCACCUCAAUCUUUGAUGACUUUGCACAUUAUGAAAAACGACAAGAAGAGGAGGAAGCCAUGCGUAAGGUAAGAGUUGAGUACUACUUGUCUGAUUUUCUUUUUAGAAAAGCAAACUAACAAAUGAAGUAAGGAUUUCUUUCAGAGUUUUUG